UAACCCUACAAUUCCCUUUGACGUAGCGACAAAAAACCCUAGGAUUCCCCUUGACGUAACAACAGAAAUAUUCUCGUGGCUUCCUGUUAGGUCCUUAAUGCGUUUCAGGAGCGUUUCUAGAUUCUGUAAUUCACUUACUUCGGAAUCAAAUUUCAUGGAUCUCCAUCGAAGUCGCUCCAAGAUUCGCCCCGGUGGCACGAAAUUCCUAGUGCCCAAAAGAGAAGGUUGUUACGUUAUAGAACAAAAGGAAGAUGGGAAAGCCUCUACAUGGAACUUUGAUUUUCUCUACGACCACUUAAUGUGCGCUAACGGUUUGUUUUGCUUGUGGAGGAUAUUUCAACAGCCUGUUGUGAUUUGCAAUCCUAGUACAAGAGAAGUAAGAGUUCUUCCCCUCCUGAAAGUAGAAUUUUAUUCUUCUAAUUCCGUCCAACCAUAUUUCUAUGCUCUAGGUUAUGAACCCGAAGAAAAGAAUUAUAAAGUUUUGCUGACCGUGAAUGAUAAAAACGGGUCCACAAAACACUGGGUUUUCACUUUAGGUACAGAUGAGUCAUGGAGAGAGAUUAAAGUUACCAAACGUUUUGUUCCAUAUCACGAGGGAGCUUGUAUUAGUGGAGUCUAUCUAUAUAUGGUGGAUCUCUUUACUAAAAUCAUACUUGCAUUCGAUGUUAAAGUUGAAAAAUUAAGAAUUAUCAAUUUGCCGAAUGCUUUAAAUAACAUGAUGAAUUAUUAUCCGUUGUUAGAAGUGAAGGGAAAAUUAGCAGUCUUAGACAGUUACCGUGAUGGUACGAAUUUGUGGAUUUUAGGAAAUGCUGAAAACGAAGAAUGGGAGAGUCAUAUCAUUCACUCUCCUUUACAACCACCUUUUCAUUUAAAAACAAGAAUAUGCAGUUCUUGUGAUGGAGAGAUUGUAUUCGUCGUGAUCGAGCCAGGUAUUUUUGCAUAUUAUAUGUUUGAUGUUUGGAAAAAUAGUUGGAGAUAUUUGGAAACCCAAGGGCUUCCAAAUGAGGGCUGGAAAGAAUUUAGGGAAAAAAGUUCAAGAUAUAAUUUGUUCUGGGGGCUUGAAGAUGAUGGUGGGAUUCAUGACGACAUUUAUAGUUACGUAGAAAGCCUAUUUUCCUUAGGAAAAAAAUAAGUGCUUUGGACUUGUGGUCAUCUUAAUUCUUUUCCUUCUGAUUGUUUGUUCUAUUAAUUUUCUACAGUUAAUAACAUUCUUUUUUGCAUUUAAAAGGG